AUGAUUUCCCUUGCUGUAAUUUGCGCCUACUUUACAUUCUUUGUAUUGGCAAACUUCAUCACAACUUCUGCUUUGGAACAAGCGACUAAACGAGGUUUCGUCAAAAUACUCAAACAAAAAGAACAAAAGAUAGUUUCUGUUUUGCUACACUUGCUCUACAUGACCAUACUGACACCCUUCUCCAUUUGGUUUACAAUUGCUGCAUGGGAUCACAUCAAAGGAGAUGUACUAGUUGAUGGAUAUGAAAUUUAUUUGGAGAUUAUUCAAAUUGGCAUGGGAUUCUACAAGUAUGAUGUUAUCAUUAUGAAACCUCAGAAAGCUCGAUUAGUUCACCACUUUGUCAGUAUAAUGGCCUACAUCAUGAUUCUGUCGGAGAAUAGCAUUAUUUGGUAUGGAGCUGUUUUGAACAUUGAAGCUUACAAGUUACCUUUGAUUAUUAUGCAACUGUUGUACUAUUUUGAAAAGAGUGAAACAAUUUGGUACAAGGUAGCGAGAGGGUUGAGAAUGGUACUAUGGAUUGUCAUCAAGGGAGGAUGUACUUUAUUGUCAAUUAGCAAGUCAAUUAUGCAUGGAUUUCCAAAUGUUUAUUCAGGUUAUCAUGGAAUUAUGAUUAGUUCAUCAGUGUUGAUUACUUUUUACAGUUUGUAUAUUGUUUAUCAGGAUGUGGAAUAUUUUUAUAGAUUGGCAAGACCAUUGAAAAAGAAAGAAGAUGAGAAUUUAUCGUCUGUGGUGAAGGAUUCCAACAUGGAUAAACAUUUAGAAAUGAAAUCUAUUGAAAGGAGUGCAAGUAAUGGUCCAAAUGUGAGUACGACGAAUCUAAUUGAAAAUGUUCAAGUGUAA